AACAGCCAACCACCGUCGCGAGUCGUGAUGUGAACAAUGCACAUGACCAAAGUUCCCAGUUUAUUCCUAGUGCUAUUGUGUUGUAAACUUAGUGCGUCCAUCAAGGUCCCAAUCGAUUGGGAUGAGAGUGCAAAAAGUGAAGUGAAAGACAAUCGAAAUGAGGAACCACCGGUGGGUCCCUUACGGGCUACGAGUCCCCACGUCACGAGACAACCUAGUAAGAAAAUCAAAGUUGAGUAUUUUGAAUAUCCUGCCGAGAAACCUAUGUUCGCUUCCGACAUAGCAGAAUUUCAUGGAGUCCAGAACCCUAAACAACAUUAUAAGUCGUAUCCUAUCGUCCCGUAUACCUUAAAACAGAAACCUGUUUUCGGUGUUCAUCAAAUGCUUGUUAAAAGCACACCAGUUUUUGACCAAUUUCAAGAUUAUGUACACCAAAAUGAAGAAUUAAAAUUCAAAAACUAUUUAAAACCUACAGCAAUUAACUAUGAAGUGUUUCAUCCAUACACAGCAGAAAUGCCAGCAUUGAAAGCAAUAUAUAAGGAUCCAGUGCUUAUGAAAAUAAAAGACGAUUUGCAAGGCGCUAAAAAAAGGUUGCAAGCCUAUGAAGAAGAAACUGCAAAACCUAAUAUUGCAGAAGAUGAAUAUUUAGAGACACCGGAGGAAACAGACGUCAAACUAUUACCACAAAAAAAUAUACCGGUGCAAUACGAGAUUCACAAGCCUGAAAGACGACCGCUAUAUUACAAACUUCCAUAUCGAGAUGCUACUAGGGAACAUGUACUUAACCAAAGAUUAAAACACCCUUUCAAUCAGUUUGCAAAAGUAAGACCUCUCCACUACCAUCCCGUAAAGAAUCACAUAAAUCAAUUGAGACAGCAACAUGCUUUAAAAUACGAUGACGAACGCAAUGAGUAUCCACAAGUAACAAAAUCUGAAAACUUCGGUGAACCACCCGAAGGUUAUGACAUCUACGAAAAGGGCAAACAGAAAUACACGCAACUUCGAGAUAAUCUCGACGAAUCUGUCAACAGGAUUGUACAACAAAAUCGAGAAAAAACUUUCCAAAACUUAGAACUCCAAAAACCAGAGCCUGAAAGUGAGGAUGAGCCAGAUGAGUUUAUACCUGUUAAGAAUUAUGCUCAAGUGAGAAAAACUGAAACUUAUAGGCAUUUGCCCAAACAAGCUGCUUAUGAUGAUGCUGAAACUUACGAGGAAAUCAGGAAUGCUCCUAGACUUAGAGAGGCUGUGAAAAGUACUAAAGCGCAAACGGUGUAUAGUGAAGAGGGAUAUGAAGACUCAGCUUACGAUCACGCUGGGGAACAAAAACAUGCUUCCGAUCAUGAAGGUCACGGUGGUUUUCUUAAAGAACAUCAAAACAGCGGUGGAUUAUACAAAAUUCCAUCUGUCUCUCAAAAAUACAAAGAUGGCGCAGGAUCAGAGUUCAGGGAUAAUGUGGAACACGGAAAAAAGUGGAAAAACGAUAAUGAGGAUACUGAUGAAGAAAUAGAGGAAGAAGACUAUUCUGAAGAUGAUCAAGAAGAGAAUGUUGAUGCGCAUAUACGCGAGCGUCAUGGUCCUGAACUAGGUAAUCGAAACAAAAGGCAACACGCCUCUGAAGCUGAUGUUGAUGAUAACAGGGAUAUUAAUAGUAAGAACAGUGCUGAUCAGGAUAACAGCAAUGGUGAUAAUAGUGACGACAGUGAUAACGGUAGUGAUAAGGACAGUGAAAAUCAAAAGAUCAAACAAGCCAGCGCACCACUUCCACAAGAAAAUUCUACUAACGACCAACACGAAGUCGGUAAGAGAGAAAUCAAUUUUAAAGUACCAGAAAUAAAUAUAAAUUCAACGUUAUCAUUUGAAAAUGAUAUGAUGAAACUUUUAAAAGUAAUAGAAGGACCAAAAAAGGAGAAUAUCCAAGAAAAAUAUCCCUAUUACAAUAAACGUUUAAAAGGCAUUAAUAAAAAUUCUCCUCUUAGGUAUGCAGAAAAUUUGAAAUUCAUUCCGAAAAAAUCUGACGGAGGAACUGAAUUUUAUGAUUCUCGGUCUAAAAUAGAAUGUUCCGAAGUAGAUGAAGAAGUGGAUCCAAUACCUGAAAAAUUAAAAAAUGGCGAAAACCCUACAGACGAAGAUGAAGAUGAAAAUGAGGACGAUGAUAAAAAAUCUGAUACAAAAUCAGGAAAAAGCGAUGAUAUUGCAAAAAAACAACCCCGUUUAAAAGGUCUAGGGGAUAAAAUUGACUGCUUUAAAGCCAAAUAUUUUGGAGAAAAUCCUUUAGAUAGUCCGUUUUUCCAAGAGGAAAAAAUUGCUAAUCCAAAACCAAUUUUGAAACCUCGCCUCCCUACAUACAAAAUUGGUAAAGUAAAAGGAGACACUCAACUUUCAGGUCAAGAAUCCAAAUUAAAUCAUGUUAUUAAUCCAUCUGAAAAAAUCCAAAACAUUGAAAAAACCGAUAUUUUUGUACUCUUGGAUAAAAUAAGGAGUAAGCGGGUAAACAAAACAGACGAUAAUUCGAAAGAUUCCUCAAAGACACCUCAAAGCGGCAUAACUGAAGAUGAUAAAAAUUCUAAUGUUUACACCGAUAUAUUGAAAAACAUUCAACAUUCACUUGCACACUUAAACAAUAGCAAAGAUAGUUCUAAUACGACCUACGACUUCUUCCAAAAUGAGGAAGAAGUUACAACGUUGCCUCCUAAAUUAAGGAAGAAAAGGGCGACACCUUUUGUUUAUGAACCAUAUAAAAUUAUAAGGGACAGCCAGGUUCAAGACUCAAAGAAAACUACAACAACUAGUAAUAUUAGUCCCUUAAUAAAGCAAUUGCAGUCCAGUAAAGUUGCGGAACGAGUUUCUCGAUCAAACAAAGAUGAUAAACAAGCUAAACAAAAAUCGAAUAGCCGCACGUACGUAGAUAUCGGCAAAAAAGAUAGAGCCAAACCUGCUCGAAACGAAAAUGAACCUUCUGAUGCAACUUUUAUCGAUGUUAGUGUAGAUAAUCGUAGAGGCGAACCGAAAUACGAACUAAGGCCUAGUAAUCACAAACCAGAAUAUACACCUGUAGAAAAUAAACGGUCGAUGUCAGCAGAUGCAUAUAAAUCACAAACAACCACAGAAAAAAAGAAAGAAACGACUACUCAAAAACCUUUAAGAGGUAGACAGCGUUUCAGGAUAACUCAAACUACUGCAGCCCCUUACUAUGAUGUUACUCAAUUCAUACCUAAAACCAGGGAUAUCCAAAACGUUGCUGCUUCAAAUUCUGUUAAGAAAACAAGUGUUGCGCCUGAGAAAGCAGAUGACCUAGCACAUACUGAAGAUUACUCAGGUGAAGAUUAUGACGACGAGGACGAAGAAGAAGAUGAUGAAGAAGACAUUACAGUUACAAUACCAACUACUACAACCACAACCACAACAACAACAACAACAACUCCCAAACCAUCAUUCAGAAGAAGAACAAAAAUAGAAAGAACUAAAGAGAAAACUGCAACUGAAAAAGAACCGGAACACACCACUGAAAUGCAACGCCUAAAGUUAGUAACUAGAUUCCGUAACUAUAAACCUGAAGAACAUACUGAAGCUCAAGAAGUAAAACUACGACCUCAAAUUAAGCAUGAUGAAAUCACUGUACCUAAAUACACAGAAAAGAAGAAGAAAACUCAAACCAGCACCUUAGUAACUGACACAAAGAAAUAUGGUGAAGAUGAUCAAGAUGAUAUGAAAAAAGAAGUAGAUGCUUUAAUUGGAAUAAAGCAAAAUAUGGACGAGUAUAUGCCAAUGUAUGAAAAGGAAAACCACACAAAUCGAUCCAAAAAGUAUAAAAAAAGUGAAAUGGAAGAAGAUUAUGAAAAUGAUAAUGACAAUGAUAAUGAUCGUGGUAAUGAUAACGAUGAUGACGAUGAAGAAGAGACUGAUGAAGAUUAUGAGCGUGAAAUAGAUGAUGAGGAUGAAGAUGAUUUCGAGGAAGAUGAAAAUGACGAUGAAGAAGACCAAAAGCACAAAAAACCUGAAAUAGUUACACUACAAAGUACCACACCAGAACCUACGAAACGAACACUGAUCAGAACAACUGACGCUCCUCCAUCUACGACUUCAACACCCGUUCGAACUACCACAACAGUUAGAACCACAACUCCUGUUAGUCCAUCGCGCCGUGUAAUGUUAGGUCACAGGCCAAUCAUAACCAGGAAAAAGAUUGAAAUUCACAAUGAGUUGCCAGUCAAUAAGUCUUCUCCACAUGUAACACAAUUUAAAGAGGAUAUCAAAGAAGUGGAAAUAAUAAAAGAAAUACCAAUGACAAAACAGAAACAUGAUACCAAUAUUAUGUCCGUAUUAGACUUAUAUAAAGAUGAAGAAUUAGCAAAAGCCAUUAAUAAUUUAGGAGAUGUUGAAAUAUUCAGAGAAAACUUAGAUAUUGAUGGAGGUCCGAAACACGGUGGUAACUAUAGAAAAGCUACAAAAGAAGACUUACGACUGCUUAAACCCACAGAAAGUAGUACAGAUGCAGAGACCUCUCAGAGUAAGAGCACAAAACACGUUGAAUUAGAAGAUUACCGACCUACAAGACUGCACGGAGGCAACUUAAAAUCACUGAGCGAUAUAAAUCGCUCAACAACCAGUGGCCGAAGCUCUAAACUCGUAGAAUUGAGUGAACCUCCAACAAGAGGUAUGCAUGGCGGCAAUCUAAAAUAUGAAACUAAAAGACGUGGUAACAGAAAGAGCGAGAAAUUAAUAGAAAUUGAUGACGAACAUGACGAAGAUCAUUCGUCACAACAAGACGAUGGUUACAAACCUCAUAAUGCUGGAAGGGAAAAACUUCAUGGUGGAAAUUACAAAAGUGCUAAAUUAGUAACGCCACAAGAUACUGAUGAUGAUAUUAGAGUAAAAAGUUUAUCGAAAACUACCAGGGGUAGUGCCGCUGAACUUUUGAACAGUUUUGCUCAAGCCGUGCCCAUACUAACGUCUACGCCCGGUUACAUUCUAGAUCCCAGUAAAAGAAUGUACUACUAUGUCGAUAAAUAACUAUUCUGAAUUUUAACUUGCAAUCCGUCCAUAGAACAAAAGAUGACAAUCUAAGUUGCUUUGAAACUGUUUCGUAGGAUGUUGAAAUUAGUGAUACCUAAUAUCUAAAUUCAGUGAUACAUUGGUUAAAAAAUGUGUUCGCUAUUCAUUUGAAAUUUUUUGUAGUUGCAAUUUAUAGACAAAUACAUGAAGCAAGUUUAUAUAACUUUAUUACUUAAUGGGCCGUAGGAAAUUGAAUUGUUAUAAUGUAAUUGUAAUCAGUGUGUUAUGAACGGCCAUUCAUUGAUUGAUUGCUGCAGAGUUUGUAUGUGUUAAUUUUAUGCUCACAAUGUUUUUGAUCCAUUUAUUUAAUUUAGUAUAUUGUAAGAAACGACGUUUGUAUAAGUGGCAAGUCUACCCAGUUAAACUAUUGCACUUCUGUUUAUUGUCAACUAAAAAUAAUAGAAUUUUAAAUUGUAUUUAAAAUCCUUUUCAAACUUUUGUAAUUGCAUUGUAUAAAUAGAUAUUUUAUGUAAUUAAUUAGUUUAGGUCACAAUCGCGGGUAAAAUAUAAGCAAAACUAAAUUAUUGUUAUAGUGUCGUAAGAUGGCGAUCGGAUAUUUUCGAAAGUAAUUAGUCUAUUGUAAUAGAAAGUGCCACAUUACGUAUCGACUAGAGUCGAAAGCGAUCGAUUGAAUUAUCAAAAUCUAUAUUAUUCGCUAUUGUUAACUGUACUGUGAUAGAUGUAAUUGUUAAUGUUUUUAUAACGAAGAGAACUUAUUUAUA